CGGCAGCCUUAAAUCUUUAUCAGAAACAAAGCGUGUUAUUUUCAGCUGAAACAUAUAUGUUAACAUUUUCUCUAGGAUAAAUACUUGUUAGUUUGCGAUCUUUCAUCCGCCCGUAGGAAACAAAUAGAGGUGCUGCUGCAGUGUUGAUAUCGAGAUGACAUCUUUGCUCUCCUGCUCGGUUUAGUAACAUAGCCAGCUAGCUGUAAGCCAAGGUGGAGAGAUAAACAAACGCAUUAUAAAACACAAUUCUAACUAAUAGAAAACUUACAGCUAUGACUUAGCAAAACCUUAUUUAAUAUAUUACAUCCGGUAAUAACAGAUAUUAUGUCGGCCUUGUUGCAGCACCGGGCCUUGCUAAGUAGAAAGUACAGCAGAGGUUUAUUAUGGAGUCUGUCAAAAAGAAGCUCUCAUUUAUUAGCAAACAAGCUAACACCUAGUGUCAGUGCUAGAAGUGUGCUGUCAAGAUGGGAGGUUUUAAGAAAGAUGCUUUUCACAACAACAGAGCGGACACUUGGAAAUCAGCAACACAAAGUCAUCCAGAGUCUUCUUCACAGACCUUUGGGUCCGGGCAUGGUCGGGGUCAGCAAAGACUUAAUAAGGAGCAACCUGCUUAAGAACCCUGUUGGUCUGGCAAAUUUAUUAGGGGCAACAAACUUCUUCAGUACAUCACAGUCUAAACAGGAGAAAAAUAAAAGUAAUGGUCCGAAGGGAAAAACUCCAGAAGAAGAUGAAGAGGAGAAGAAACGUCGUGAGCAGGAGGAUCAGAUGUACCGGGAGCGCCUUCGGGCCCUCUUCAUCAUCGCGCUCAUCAUGAGCCUGAUGAACUCCAUUAACACCAGCGGUGGCAACAUCUCCUGGAAUGACUUUGUCAAUGAGAUGCUGGCCAAAGGAGAGGUGUCGCGUGUGCAAGUUGUUCCAGAGAGUGACAUUGUUGAAAUUUACCUCCAUCCUGGAGCGGUUAUCUUUGGGAGGCCUAGGCUGGCACUCAUGUACAGAAUGCAGGUUGCAAACAUUGACAAAUUUGAGGAGAAGCUGAGAGCUGCUGAAGAGGAGCUGAACAUUGACACCAAAGACAGGAUACCAGUGUCCUACAAACGCACUGGAUUCUUUGGAAAUGCAGUCUAUGCUCUGGGGAUGGCUGCGGUGGGUGUGGCUAUUCUCUGGUACAUCUUUCGACUGGCAGGCAUGGGCGGCAGAGAGGGCGGCUUCAGUGCUUUCAAUCAGCUGAAGAUGGCCAAAUUCACCAUUGUAGAUGGGAAGUCAGGUAAAGGUGUGAGUUUUAAAGAUGUAGCAGGGAUGCAUGAGGCUAAGAUGGAAGUCAAGGAAUUUGUGGACUACCUCAAGAAUCCGGAGCGAUACCUCCAGCUGGGAGCCAAAGUUCCCAAAGGCUCCCUGCUGCUUGGGCCUCCAGGCUGUGGGAAGACCCUGCUGGCUAAAGCUGUAGCCACAGAAGCUCAGGUGCCCUUUCUGGCUAUGGCUGGCUCUGAGUUUGUGGAGGUCAUUGGAGGCCUGGGUGCUGCAAGAGUCAGGAGUCUGUUCAAGGAGGCCCGAAGCCGAGCUCCCUGCAUCGUCUACAUUGAUGAGAUUGAUGCUGUUGGAAAGAAGCGCUCAACCAAUAUGUCAGGUUUCUCUAAUACAGAAGAGGAGCAGACCCUUAACCAGCUGCUGGUAGAGAUGGAUGGAAUGGGAACAACAGACCAUGUCAUCAUUCUUGCUUCCACUAACAGAGCGGAUAUCUUGGACAAUGCUCUUAUGAGACCUGGCAGACUGGACAGACACAUCUUUAUAGAUCUACCCACACUGCAGGAGAGAAAGGAGAUCUUUGAGCAGCAUCUAAAGAUCUUGAAGCUGACCCAACCAGCAAACUUCUACUCACUACGCUUGGCUGAGCUCACCCCAGGCUUUAGUGGUGCAGACAUUGCCAACAUUUGUAAUGAAGCUGCCCUGCAUGCUGCCAGAGAGGGCCACAAAUCCAUUGACACCUUCAACUUUGAGUAUGCGGUGGAGCGAGUCAUUGCAGGAAGUGUUAAGAAGAGUAAGAUCCUGUCUAAAGAGGAGCAACGGGUGAUUGCCUUCCAUGAAUCGGGACAUGCCUUGGUGGGAUGGCUACUCGAGCACACGGAGGCGGUCAUGAAGGUCUCCAUUGCCCCACGAACCAAUGCAGCCCUGGGAUUUGCUCAGAUCUUACCUCGUGACCAAUACCUGUUCACCAAGGAGCAGCUGUUUGAGCGGAUGUGUAUGGCUUUGGGAGGAAGAGCUGCUGAGGCUAUCACUUUCAACAAGGUUACAACAGGAGCUCAGGAUGACUUGCGUAAGGUGACACGUGUAGCCUACUCCAUGGUGAAGCAGUAUGGCAUGAGUGAAAGUGUUGGUCAGGUGUCUUUCCCGGAAACAGAGGAACAGGGUGCCAUCGGACGGCGUCCUUUCAGUCAAGGUCUGCAGCAGCAGAUGGACCACGAGGCGAAGAUGUUGAUAGCUCGCGCUUACAGGCACACAGAGAAGCUUCUACUUGACAACAGAGACAAGCUGACUCUGUUGGCAAACGCGCUGUUAGAACGUGAGGUGGUAAACUACGAUGACAUCGAAGCCUUGCUGGGUCCACCACCACAUGGGCCAAAGAAGAUGAUCGUCCCACAGAGCUGGGUGGAGGCCGAGCGGGACAAACAGGACACGGGGGAAGACGAGCCUCAGCCACCUCCCCGCAAACGCCGUGAAGAAGACAUGGAUCCACAGCUGGCCUGAAAUUGAUAUGAAGGUCUUAGAAUUAAUUCUUAACUGCUGCAUUUUGUGGUGAUCAUCAGGCACUGGAGGAAUCUCUUUGAAUUCUCCCUGUGAAGCUUUAUAUAAACUGAAAGCAGGCAUGUUAAUGUUGCUUACAUAGAAGUCAGUGGCAGUGAAAGAGUUUUUGUGCAGAUGAACUCUAUCACUUUUUUUAGUUAAUUGAAUCAGAUGAUCUGAAACUGGCUAAACUGCUGAAAAAAUCUAUAAAAGGGGUUCUCAGACAGCUUAGAAAGGGUCAGUAACCAACCUUGUCUCUAUGUGCAACAAACAACCAUAAUGCUACCUGCUAAAAUUCCCAAACACUGUGCUGAUUUCUGAAACUGGUGUGAAAUAAACACACUAGGUGAAUAUUGUAAAGGUUCUGGGACAUUACUGCUCUGAAUUGAUUUCUUUCUACGAAUGAUGUGGCAGAGAAACAGCUAACCAUGUGCAACACAAGUCAUUCUGUAAGUGGACAAAAGUGGAACUUUAGGAGUGAUUUUCUACUUUGUCAGAGGUGGCAUGCUCUAUAUAUAAUGUCAAAACAAGCAUUAGAAGUCUGCAGUGUACGAUGUGCACUUGAAUUGGCAUGCUCUGCAAGUGAGAAACAGCAUUUCUAUAUUUUGGACUACUCCUGUCAUGUUGAUGAGAAGUGGCAGACUUGACUCUACACACCUCGUUCCUGUUACUGGGAGCCGAGCAGGUUGGGAGUGUUGAUGUGAAGUCCUAAAGGACAGUGUUGCUAAAUAAGAAAAUAAAGUUUUAUUGAUACAGUG